AGACUUAAGAGGGUUUUGUUUACCCUCCAAAAUUAGCACAAAACAAAAACUGAAAACACGUUUCCACGUUCAAAAUAAAAGAAGAAAAAAGAAGAGGAAGAAGCGCCGCCGUUAAAUCGAUUCAUUUCAGGACCCAAAACAACACAUUUUCUCUUCUGAGCCGCCAAGGAAGUUCCUUCUUCUUCUUUGACGGAAUCUCGAAUUCGCUCAAAAGUAAACCCUAUCAUUCGAUUCUCCAUUUCUUUAUUAGCCAACUGCUACAUUUACUUCUCUCUUCGGAGCUCGGUCCAAGAUCGAGUUCCUGAAGGUGAAAUCAAUUCCCAUAAUUUGUCGAAAUAGCUUGAAUUGAUUGAUCUGUAUUUAUUAUGGCUGCUGCGUUGCAUUUUGGUGGUGGUAAAGUUGCCUGUCAUCCAGUUUUUCCAAAGAAGGCAUUGCAAUGCCAAGCUUUUGGGUUUGCAAACUCUGUGGCCGUUCCGAGUUCUAAGGGGCUGUUUAAAAGUGUGAAAUUUUCUUCUUGUACAAGUAGAGUUUUGAGAGUCAGCUGUGAAGGACGGAACAUUGAUGUGCUUGAAAGGAAUAAAAGCGAGAGUUUCAUUGACGGUAAUGUUGAAUCUGAGAAGCAAUUCACAUGUGUAAUGAAGUUUGGCGGUUCGUCUUUGGCUUCUGCUGAAAGAAUGAGAGAAGUUGCUGAUCUUAUACUUAGUUUCGCUGAUGAAACGCCUAUAAUUGUUUUAUCUGCUAUGGGAAAGACAACUAACAAGCUUUUACUGGCUGGAGAAAAAGCUGUUUGUUGUGGUGUGACUAAUGUAAAUGCUAUUGAUGAGUUGAGCUUCAUAAAGGAAUUGCAUCUCAGGACUGUCGAAGAGCUUAAAGUAGAUAAGUCAGUUGUUGCAACUCACCUAGAAGAAUUGGAGCAGCUUUUGAAUGGAAUUGCUAUGAUGAAAGAGUUGACUCCACGGACAAGGGACUAUUUAGUUUCUUUUGGGGAAUGCAUGUCCACUAGGAUUUUUGCAGCAUAUUUAAAUAAAAUUGGGGCAAAAGCCCGCCAAUAUGAUGCCUUUGAUAUGGGUAUUAUCACCACAGAUGACUUUACAAAUGCAGACAUUCUAGAAGCAACUUAUCCAGCUGUUGCAAAGAGGUUACAUGGGGACUGGAUCAGUGAUCCUGCAAUUCCAAUUGUUACCGGCUUCCUUGGGAAGGGAUGGAGAUCUUGCGCCAUUACUACACUGGGUAGGGGUGGUAGUGAUUUGACUGCCACAACCAUUGGAAAAGCACUGGGUUUGCGAGAGAUUCAGGUGUGGAAAGAUGUUGAUGGUGUCUUGACAUGUGAUCCUAACAUAUAUCAACGUGCAGAACCUGUGCCAUACCUAACAUUUGAUGAGGCAGCUGAACUUGCAUAUUUUGGUGCACAGGUCCUGCAUCCUCAAUCCAUGAGACCUGCAAGGGAGGGUGAUAUCCCUGUUAGGGUUAAGAAUUCUUACAACCCAAAUGCUCCUGGAACUCUCAUCACCAGGGCACGGGAUAUGAGUAAGGCAGUACUGACUAGCAUUGUUUUAAAACGUAAUGUGACUAUGUUGGAUAUUGUUAGCACUCGUAUGCUUGGUCAGUUCGGAUUUCUUGCCAAGGUGUUUUCGAUCUUUGAAGAUUUGGGCAUAUCGGUGGAUGUUGUAGCUACUAGUGAAGUCAGUAUUUCCUUGACACUAGACCCGUCAAAGCUUUGGAGCAGGGAACUCAUUCAGCAGGCAAGCGAACUUGACCAUGUUCUGGAGGAGCUUGAGAAAAUUGCCGUAGUCAAUCUUCUUCAGCAUCGGUCAAUUAUUUCUCUGAUUGGGAAUGUUCAGAGAUCAUCGCUGAUACUGGAGAAGGUAUUCAAUGUUCUCCGAACCAAUGGUGUUAAUGUUCAAAUGAUAUCUCAAGGUGCAUCUAAGGUUAAUAUCUCAUUGAUUGUGAAUGAUGACGAAGCAGAGCAAUGCGUCAGGUCUCUCCACGAAACAUUUUUUGAAAGCGACAUCUCGGAAUUAAAUUGAGAAGGUUAAGCUAUUAAUCUACCUCAACGACCAAGUAAUUAAUCGAUUUGCAUCUCCAUAUCCUAUGACCAUGGUAGUCCUCGCUCAAUGUUAAAUUCAUUAUCUGAUUCUUUUUCUUCAUGCUUAGGGAAUUCUUCCCUUCCCAUCCUGCGAGAUUAGCAUGUGGCAAUAUGACCUCACUGUAAUUGGAAUAUUUUAAUUUUGUUACGAAGAGGUCCUCCCAGGAGUGGGUGUGAUUAAAUGUUGAGUCCUAUUGUAUUCAAUUGUCUUAAAGAGUAGUGCUAUGCAUAUAUCCAUUUUCCUA